CGAGCUCAUUUUAGGGUCCUUGCUUUUCCAUGUCGAGCUCCUUCCACCUGGCUGAGAGAGGCAAUCUAGGCGGUGGUGUGGGCUGCAAAUAGACCGACCGUCCGAUCCACCGGAUCAUUUCGGACCACUUGCAUCUCAGCCCUGGAGCACUUUCCCUCUAGCCCAGUCAGUUCCUCUUCCAUACACUACACUAGUUUAUCAGUUAGCGCGUGCACGCGCAGAACUUUUGACGCCAUCUGUGGAAUUUCUCCCCAUUCCCCUCCGCCCUCCUAUCUGUGGAAUCACACUACCUAGGUACUUGACCGGCGCGCCGUCCUCGAUUGAUGAUCGCGUGCAGAGCAAUCCUGCCAAGCGAGAACCUGAAACAUUUCAAACCCACUUCCACGCGAGGCCGCAUGGGCAGCUACGCUGUGGUGACCUAGAUGCUUCCCAGGGAACUCUCCUUGCCUGCGGAGUUCUGGUCGCGCUUUCCCUCAAAGCAACGCGAACUUGCCGCUAGCUAGGCUGCGACGGACUGCCCACAAGGCAAAACUGACCAACGCGCUCAGCACGACACGAGGACUUUGGUUUCUCACCGAGGGCAUCACACCUAUAUCGCCCAUGUCCAGCAUCUUGCCGACCUAGGCAGCAUCGGAUUGCCACCGAUCGCAGACCUUCCCCUAUAUCAAUUAUCCAAAAGCUGUACCUUCAACGCCACCCACUCAUUGUCACACAAACCAGCACCCGCAUUUUCGUUCUCUAUUGCCCCUCUCCCACUCCAAGUCCAGGUCUCUCUCUUGUCCAAUCUACCAUCUCGACACCAUGGCGACGGCGACGACGCCGUCGACAGCCGCAGCGGUCGCCGCCGACGAGGACCCGUGGGACGAGAUCGAGCGCAAUUACUUCACGUCGAUGCAACGGCACCACGAGCAGGAGGACGCGACGCUGGAGGCCGACUUCAACGCGCGUAGCCGCGCGCUCAAGGCCCGCCUCAUCGAGAACUAUAUCGCCCAGCGCGAGCUGGUGCGCCGCCUGGAGGCCCUGCGCGACGAGUACGAGGCCGGCCGCGCCGAGCUCACCAAGCUUGAGCGUGACGUCGAGGCCAUCCGCGAGGAGCGCCGCCGCGAGCGCGCCCGGGAGAUCGAGGAGCGCCGCCUAUGGUUCCGCACCUUCCGCCGGGGCGGGCUGGCGUAUCAGAAUCUAGCCAGCGAGGAGGGGGAGCAAGGGGAGGGGGCCGCGGUAGGGAAGUCAAAUCAUGCUGCUGCUCCUACUACUGUCCCUGCUACUACUGUACCUGCUGCUAGUGGUAAUGGGCAGCCUCGUAGGCAAGAAGGAGCUGAGGUGGCAGAGGAUAGGAUGGAGCCCAAGGCGGUUUGUGAAGUGCAGCCUAUCGAUAACGAGCAGGCCCCGGUUGUUGGGGAGGUCGCCGAGGACCACCACAACGGAGAAGGCGCGCGUGAGCGCCCUGCUGAGCUGGAGGAAGGGCAGCCCGCCAAUGAGCCAGCACAGGAGGAACCUAUUGCUGAGCCUGCGGUUGAGGACACCGCUAUUGCUGAACCUGCGGUUGCGGUUGAGGACAUCGAGAAGGCCAGCGCUGAAACAGCAGAUGAUCGCCAAGGGCCUGAGCCCCAGGCGGCGGACAAGGCGGCCGAAGACCUGCGACCACGGGAUGAGGCUGUCGAUGAGGGCGCUCCCGAACCGCCUGCUGUCGACGAGCAAGCGCAACAACUUCCGCCGCGAGAGCCCGAGGCGGAAGGAUCUCAGCCCGCGGAGGCGGACACAACGGCUGCUCAGGAGUCCACUCAAGAAGGAGAGCAGCCACCAGUCACGGAGCCCGAGGUUGCGGCACCUGAGGCACCUGCAGCACCUGUGGCGCCUGUGACACCCGUGACACCUGUGGCCCCAGUGGCACCUAUGGCGCCUAUGGAUGACGACGAUAAGAUCGACGGCAUCUCGGUGAUUGGAGGGCCCGAAUUUCCUCAGGACGUGAGAGGGCCGGGGAUCGAUCGCGUACCCGAUGUCGAAUCGCGGCAAGCUGAUGGGCAAGCCGAUGGGCAAGUUGAUGGGCAAGCGGACGGGCAAGCGGACGGGCAAGCGGACGGGCAAGCGGAUGGGCAAGCGGAGGCGCUUAGCCAAGCACCACCGGGCGACCAUGCAGCUAACCCUCCCGAGGCCACCCAGCAGCCCGUCUUGGCACAGAAGGCGGAAUCGCGCGGCGUUGAUGCUCCUGGCACGCAGACUUCAAACCCUGCAGAGGGGGAUACCGAGAUGCCGGAUGCCGAGGAACCGGAGGCGGGCGAUCUGAACAAUGACAAUGGGCCGCCCGAGCGUGUUGAGCCGACUGCUCUCGUCGUACGGGCGUCUCCCUCGUCAUCGUCCGAGCUGAGCUCCCGCAACACGACUCCUGACCUGGAUGUCCCCAUCUCUUUCACCAAAGAGCCAAGCCACCCGUCAAGCCCGGAGACCCCUAACGUUGCGUUGCGCGAUAUUGAGGUCGUGGGCGGCUCGGGCGACUUGAUAGGCCGGGUGAAACCCCCUGAUGGGCACAACUACUACUUUGACCGCCUUGGAUUCCGCGACGUCCAACGGCCAGUCCAAAUCCGCGCCAAUCGGAAGUUCACCAUCGACGACCUCAACGCCGUCCCCCGCCCUCAGAGUGUCGACGUGAGGGCCUUCAAACUCUUGAGCCUGUUCAUCCAGGCUACGGGGCAGCUGCAAGAGCGGCCCUGCGCGGACUGCUCUGUCAACCACGGCUUCUUCCAGGGUUGCGUGAUGGUUGACGAUCCCGAAUUCAGCCGUUGCGGCAACUGCGAGUGGAACAAGCGCCGGUGCUAUGGCGCCGCCUUGCAACGGCAGCCCACUUCCCGCCAUAGCCACCCAGCAAAGUCGCAUGCCGAGACUCCGGGAAAGUCUCCCGACAAGGCACGCGCAGUGAGCGGCAACUUCACUCCCAUCAACGGCACACCGUCGAGGGAAUUGGGAGGCGGCAUCCAAGCGGACGUCACGGCUCGCCAGGACCGCGAAGGUGCCAAGGAAACCAAGAAAGCGCGCAAAUCGCUCCCGACAACACGAAAAACCCCCGCCGCUCAACCGUCGACCCCUUCCAAUGUCUCUUUCCAAGCGGACGAACCGCUGCCGGAAAUCAACAAGGAGGUGCUCUGCCUUCGCGACGACGGCGUCGUGUUCACAGAUCCUCCGCUCAUGCGCGGUGUACCCCUUGUCAAAAUCACGCCAGACCACCCGUACUGGGAGCCAGACUGGGAGCCAAUCGAGAAGCUCGUGGAGCCAAUCCGCCAGAAGUACCAGGCCAAGUACGAGCAGCUCGAACAGUCAGGCUCUACGCACCCGGACAAGCACCUGGCUAAUCGGGACGCGAAGCGAGGCCGAACUAUCCUCAAGUUCCUGCAGGAGGGUGAUCUGCACCCGUACCAGCUAGUCGCCAAGGAGUAUAUUACCCCUAGACUGAUCCACUACGACACCCUCUACCGUCUAGCGCAGCUCUUACUUGAGGAGCUUCCCAAGAUGGACCUUGACAUUAAACCAUCUGAGUGGCUACGUCACCGGCUACACGAGGUCUCCUUAGAGCGAGGCGACAAGUUCAGCGUGGCCGCCUGGCUCGAAAAGGCUUACCACGACGGCAAGUUGGUGCAGCUCCGUGCCAAGAAAGGUUUCGCCCGCGUCGGCCGCCCUCCUGCGGGGGCGACGAAGAAGGACGACUCGGCAAACCCCAAGAGCAGUGGGAAGAAGUCGGCGCCGCGGUCGCUGAAGCGCAAGGAGCCGCACGCGACGCCUCAGUCAACGCCGAGCAAGAUUAAGGCGUCGUCAGGGUCAUCGGCAGCACUGGCAGGAGCGCCAGCUGCAGGGUUGACGCCCCAACCCAAGCCUAAGAAGAUCAAGAUUACGACAAGCCAGGGGCAGUCCGGCGGCGAGCUGACGUCGGCGGUGCAGAAGAAGCCGCGCAUUGUGCUCCCCAGCCCGGCGCCGUCACGGUCAACGGCAGCGGCGCAGGAGCGCGCGACCGAAGGAGACCUCGCCUGGGACGUGUCGGCGAUGUACAGGAAUUCGCGGAAGUCAACCGAUCAUCCGUCGUCGCAGUGGACGGCAGCGCAGGAGCGCGCCAUGGAAGAAAAGCUCGCCUACGACGGCUACACGUCGACCGACUCGAUCAGCCGUGACAGGCUACACCCGAUCGACUGGCGGCUGCACCAGGUCAAGACACGCACGUUCGCCAGCAACGUGGGCGUGACGCAGUACUGGCACUGGGUGGACCCGGAGGACCCGGACCUGAUCGAGCAUCAGGUGCUGCGGUCGGUCAAGCCGGUCAAGUGGUCCGUCUUCAAGGAGCCGUACAACUUCCACCUCAAGCUGUCCGACAUCCUGCAGGUCGCCUUCGCCCGGGGCAGCACCCGGGUGGCCAUCGUGCACAAGGACGGCCGCGACGGGCGCGACCUGCACCCGCGCGGCGACAUCAUGGCGCAGUUCAAGCGCGAGCGCACCAAGCGGCGGUUCCUGAGCUUCCUGCGGCGGAAGCAGGUUUGGGUGGUUGAGAAGACCAGCGAGUGGAUCGACCUCAAAUGGAAUUCGAUGAACCCGGAGACGCUCGCCGCCGGCGACUCGAAUUAACUAGCCCGGCUUGCU